CCCCGGCGCCCCGCUAGGCACGUAUACCGCUACUCCCCAACUCCACGACCACUCGCUGUCCAGCCGUUUGAUUCAUUUUCAUUCGCAUCCGCCUUCGGCCGCUCCUUGAACAACAUGGCGGAAGCACCCAUCGUUCUCGACGGCGGUACCGGUUUCCUCAAGGCCGGUUUCGCGGGCCAGAACUUCCCGGACCACCAGUACCCCUCGAUAGUCGGCCGCCCUAUCCUACGAUCUGAGGAGCGCGAUGCAGGCGACAUAGUGCUGAAGGAUGUCAUGUGUGGUGACGAGGCAGCAGCGGCGCGGUCAAUGCUACAAAUCACAUACCCCAUGGAAAACGGCAUUGUCAAGCGAUGGGACGACAUGCAGCACCUGUGGGACUAUACGUUCUUCGAGAAGAUGAAGAUUGACCCAACGGGCCGCAAGAUCCUGCUCACCGAGCCGCCGAUGAACCCCCUUAAGAACCGCGAGCAGAUGGCUGAGGUCAUGUUUGAGCGUUACAACUUUGGUGGCGUCUACGUGGCGAUCCAAGCUGUGCUGGCGCUUUACGCGCAAGGUCUCUCCUCGGGUGUCGUUGUGGACUCCGGUGAUGGUGUCACCCACAUUGUCCCCGUUUACGAGAGCACCGUGCUCAACCACCUUACCCGGAGACUGGAUGUUGCGGGCAGAGAUGUUACGCGGAACCUGAUUGCUCUCCUGCUGAGGAGGGGUUACGCGCUCAACCGCACGGCUGAUUUCGAGACUGUCCGCCAAAUCAAGGAGAAGCUGUGUUAUGUCUCAUACGACCUGGAGCUGGACCAGCGCCUGAGCGAGGACACGACUGUGCUCGUAGAGUCAUAUACCCUUCCGGACGGCAGAGUUAUCCGGGUCGGAAGCGAGCGAUUCGAGGCACCGGAGUGCCUGUUCCAGCCACACCUGGUGGAUGUGGAGCAGCCGGGCAUGGCCGAGUUCCUGUUCAACACCAUCCAGGCGGCUGAUGUCGACGUCAGGUCUGAUCUCUACAAGGCCAUCGUGCUGAGUGGUGGCAGCAGCAUGUACCCGGGUCUGCCUAGUCGUCUGGAGAAGGAGCUGAAGCAGCUGUGGUUAACGAAGGUCUUGCAAGGCAACCCUGAGAGAUUGAACAAAUUCAAGGUCCGCAUUGAGGAUCCCCCGCGGAGAAGGCACAUGGUCUUCAUCGGCGGUGCCGUCCUGGCGAACAUUAUGGCCGACAAGGAAAGCAUGUGGGUUACCAAGGCGGAAUGGGAUGAGCAGGGUGCGAGGGCGCUGGAGAAGCUGGGCGGUAGAUGAUGUGCAUAAGCUUCAUAGAGAGCCUACUGAUGCUUGCUGUUGGUAGUACGGGGCUUCCGCGGUAGAUGUCAGGCUAAAAGUCAGCUUGAAAGACCAAAGUUCAAGAAUCAGCAAUUUCUGCAGCGACAUAUCAAUCUUCAAAGGACCAACGUCGCACGUGCU